CCCUGCAGAAAUCAAAACAUACGUGUCGCCAGCAGCAUCCUCCUCGGUGCGUUUUCCCAGCGCGAUCACAGCCUGAUAGGAUGUCCCGGAUCAUGUGACGGGAAGCGCCGCAUUUUCAGCUGAAAACGAGCUAGGAUAGUCGGGAAUCGCACAUCCAGGAGGUAAUCCCGGCAUGGGGGACAUGAAGACCCCAGAUUUCGAUGACCUGUUGGCAGCGUUUGACAUCCCCGACAUCGAUGCCAAGGAGGCCAUCCAGUCUGCCCCCGACGAGGCGGAGGGGCCCCAUGGAGCCACAGGGGCCCCCCUGGGGAAGCAGGACGGUGUGGGGUCAUCCCUGAGGCCGCCAAGCCCGGCUGACCCGCAGGCGGACACCCCCAUUGUCAGCGUGAUCGUGAAGAAUAAAGUACGCCUGGAGACCGUGGAUGGAGACGAGGGGGACGCAGACCAGGACCCUAUUGAUGUGAUCGCCGGGGUGGAUGUGGGUCCCAGACUGGGUGCGUGUGCCCCUGGGAUGGCUGAGUCCGAGGCUUUGAACCACAACGGGUUUGGGGCGUCCGGUGUCUCCACUCCCCUGCCCCUCAGCCAGGCCCAGUCCAACGGGGGGCCAUGGUCAAUGAACACCCCCAAAGUGUCUUCAGAAGCAGCCGGUGCAAGUAAGGCUCACAAGCAAGGGGGGAACAUUUUCAACAGACUCAAACCGCUCGUGGCACAGGGGUCUGGAGAUCCGGUGGGUCGGGCCAGGAAGAUGCAGCUUCUCCAGCAGCAGCACCAGCAGCAGCAGGACACAGGCCAGGAGAGGGCUGAUGGGGUCAAAGCAUCCUUACCGUCGUCCUCCUCUCUAUCAGCGGGGGCUUCUCCUCUGGCGGCUGCCGGGCCCGUCGGACUGGCCUCACCUUUCUUUCCGCCCUCCAAGCCUCUGAUUCCAACUCCACCCUCUGCCCUCUCCUCGCACCCGCUGCACUCGUCUCAGCCUUUUAACGGAGCUCCCAAAAGUGGCCCCGCUGGAUUUCAGCACCAGCAGAUGGAGGAGGAGGAUUCGGACCCUGAUCUGGGGAGUCCACUGGUGAUCCAGGAGACCCCAGACUCCCCGACCUGCACUCAGCUGAGCCAACAACGCUACAAGUCUGACUCUGUCUCAUCUCAGCCUCCAUCCUCUACUACAUCUCACCCGAAGCCUGGAGACACUCCGUCUGGGGCCUCUCUGACUUCCUCAACCCCCCAGUCCGGCUCGAUGGAGAGUCCCCAGCUGGAGGACCGGCACCCAGAACACGUCAUCGAAGAGAGAGACUCUCCAGAGAGUCCUGAGCCAGAGAUCCCAAAAUCAGCCGCUCAAGUCAGCUCAAAGAGGUGCUCCAGCCCCGCAGUGGCCUCCACGCCACCUCCUUCUGAGCUGCGGGAGCCCAAAGAGGAGGAGGAGGAGAUGGAGGUGGGGAACGGGAUCGAUAGGGUCGCCGAAGGCAAAGCUGACAAGGGAGAAAACGCAAGAACGGCUGAGGAAAAAAUGGAGGUAGAUGAUGGGAAGCCUAAACCCCCGUCCACUGAUGUGGGAGAUGUUCCUGCACCUGCUGCUUCUGGAGCCCCGUCCCGACCCCUGAAGGUCCGAAUAAAGACAAUUAAAACCUCCACGGGCGGAAUCACCAGAACUGUGACCCGGGUGGCGCCUAAAGGGGCCGCAGCGAAAGGCUUGGACUCUAAAGCUCAACCGGGGGAGCGAAAGCUGCUUGGAAAACAGGCCCAGAAACUCGAAGCGUCCCCCGGUCACAUGACAACAACAUCCCAGAAAGUCAGUGCUCUGAAUGCUCUGCCUGUGUCCACACUCGCAGCCAGCAGCGUGAUGCUCGCCGCCGCCACCAAGGUUCAAAACAAAAUGGCAGCAUCCGACAAGGCCAAGGUUUCUGCUACUGCUGUGAGCAUCACCAAAUCUGCUGCUCUGCCUGCGACUCCAUCUGUGACCUCCUCCCCCAAGUUCUCUGUAGCAGCGGGGGGGAUCAGCGUGCGCACAACCACCAACAAGACGGCCAACGGGGGCAGCGGCACCCUGUCGCCCAACAAACCCGCCUCCAUCGUCAACAGCACCGGCGCCGUCAUCUCCCGCAGUCAGUCGAGCCUGGUGGAGGCCUUCAACAAAAUCCUGAACAGUAAGAACCUUUUGCCGAGCUACAAGCCCGACCUCUCUGCCCCCCCGCCGCCCGAGUGGGGUCUCCCGCUCCCCGCCACAGGGUACCGCUGCCUGGAGUGCGGCGACGCCUUCGCCCUGGAGCGCAGCCUGGCUCGCCACUACGACCGGCGAUCGCUGCGCAUCGAGGUGACCUGCAACCACUGUGCCAAGAGGCUGGCCUUCUUCAACAAGUGCAGCCUGCUGCUGCACGCCAGGGAGCACAAGGAGCGUGGGCUGGUCAUGCAGUGCUCGCACCUGGUCAUGAGGCCGGUCACCGUGGAGCAGAUGAUUGGGCAGCAGGACAUUACGCCCAUUGGUGGUGAGUUGGCGCUGAUGCCUCUGCCCUGCAAGAAGGCCGACGUGCUGCAGUACCACAACUUCAAAUGUCCGGAGUGCCAAACACAAUUCGCCGGCAAGGCUAAUCUGGUCACCCACUUCCAGCAGAUCAGAGCUGCGCCGAACUCGACAUGUACGCAGUGCUCACCUCCCAUGAUGCUGCCGAACUCGUGUGCGGUGUCCGCCCACCAGAGGAUCCAUAAACACAAAGCACCCCAUGUGUGUCCCGAGUGCGGUGGGAUCGCCCGGCAGGACAGCUUCCAGACCCACCUGGAGGAGGCGUGUCUGCACUUUGCCCGGCGCAUCGGCUACAGGUGCUCGAGCUGCCAGGUGGUGUUCGGAGGCCUGAACUCCAUCAAGUCCCACAUCCAGACGGCUCACUGCGAGGUCUUCCACAAGUGCCCCAGCUGCCCCAUGGCCUUCAAGUCUUCCCCCAGCGCCCAGAGCCACAUCAGCACCCAGCACCCGACGCUCACCGGGGGCCAGGCCAAAAUGAUCUACAAGUGUGUGAUGUGCGAUACGGUUUUUACCCAGAAGCCCUUGCUGUACAUGCACUUUGACACUCAUCUAGCCAAGCAGAAAGUGCACGUGUUCAAGUGUCCGGACUGCACCAAGCUCUACGCCCAGAAAGGUUCCAUGAUGGAGCAUAUUAAGACCACACACAGAGGCCCAGCAGCCAAACAGGAGUCUGUGUCGGAGGCCGCUACCCCCGUCUCGGCCCCGACCCUCACGUCCAGCCCCUCUGGCCUCAAGUCCAAGCCCUCCGGAAAGCCCGACAACUCUGACGGGGAGGACUGGGGAAGGGAGCAGGAAGAGGAGGAAGAGGACGACGAAGAGGACGAUGCCGACGAGGACUACGAGGCCCCGGGGGCGGCCGCGGCGGGGGGCACCGGUCAACUCGCUGCCCAGACCGAGUGGACCUGCCCCCAGUGUCAGUCCACCUACACCGACAACGACAGCUAUCUGAGUCACGUGAAGACGGAGCACGGCAAGUUCCCCUGUCGUAUUUGUGGAGGCACGUUCAGCACGUCCUCCAGCUUGAGACGUCACGAGCGCGUCAUUCACGAGGGCAACAAACGAGUCUUCCACUGCCAAUACUGCACAGAGGGCAAGCGGACCUUCGGCAGUCGGUUCUUACUGGACAAACACAUUCGUCUCCAUCACAGAAACCCAGAUGGACAGGCUGCCCCCAUGACCAGGAAGCGUGCAGCCACUGGGGGAGAAGGUGCAGGAAGCUCCUCAGAACAAGACGGUGAGGGCGUGCCCCCUGGUGGCCGGGCGGGAGACGAGGAAGAGAACGCCACAGAGGAGGGUGAGGAGGUCAGCGCUCCCGCCAAGAGAACCAGGGCGGCCGUGCCGGCGACGUCCGAGCUAGAAGAGGAAGACAACGUUUUCCGCUGCGUCCCCUGCGGCUUCUCCACCGAGGACGGCGCAGAGUUCCAGCGCCACAUCCCCCAGCACCGGGCCGACACCGCCUCCUUCCAGUGCCUGCAGUGCGGCGUCUGCUUCGCGUCAGCCGGCUCCCUCGGCCGGCACCGCUUCAUCGCUCACCGCGUGCGGGACACCCCGAGUGACGCGGAGCGGGGCGCGGCGCGCAAGCACGGCUCCCCGGACGGCUCCCCCGCCUCCUCCCCACAGGCGCUGGGGGAGGACGGGGAAGGGAACCUGGGCUGCAAGGUGUGCGGCCGGCGCUUCGACAAGGCCUCGGACCUCACCACCCACUUGAGGACCCAUGGCAUGGCCUUCCUCACGGCACACAAGACGGACAAGCCCCAGUAGAGGCGGGGCCGGGGUCUUCUGAGACCGAGCAGGGAGGCGGCGGAAUAUGAAUGUGGACGAAAACGGAGCUGCUUCCUCUGCUGUUGUUUUUUUAAAGCUACAGUAAACAGAUUAAAUCUCUGGCACCUCGUGUGUGAUUGUUACUGCAUGUUUGAUCCUGUUACUGGUCACCUGACUGAACGCACCUGUGAUAGUGGAACGGCUCUCAAACAGCCCCCCCCCCCUCAUCCCCAACUAAAGCAUUUCUAUAUCAGCCAUAUUGUUUUCCGAUCACUCUGCACUGAGUGUCGCCACCUGCCUGUUACACCAUGUAUCGCAUAUUUUAAUACACAACUACCCCCCCCACUGUACUCAUGAUCGCUGUAGUGCCGAUAUUUUUCUACUUUACAUCGUUCUCACAUUCGUUUGCUUCCAGUCGUCGCUCUUUGGGCUCACAUGAUCUCAAGCAAAAAAAAGAAUCCCUCGACAUCUGGCGAGCGUAGAAUUGACACUGAUUUUUUAAAAUUGUUUUGCUAUAAUAUUUAUUUAUAUUGAACACAUCACGACUCCUGGUAUCUGUGCGAGUCGGUUGCCGAUUCCCCUGCGACCCAAACACGAGCGGCGACUCCCGGACGUCAUGAGCAGACGAGGUCACUGGAGGGUCGUGACCUGUGUAGUGUGAAUAACGUGUGGUGAUGUUAAUCGUAAAGCUAGAAGAAGAGAGGCCAGGCUUCCUGCCCGUAGUGUACGUGUGAACCAGUUUUGCCGUGUAAAUACAUAUAAUGACACUAAAAGAAAAGCGUUCUGGUUUUAGUAACUUGUUAUGAUAAUGUGAAUACGUAUAGUAUUUGUACUUGUACCGUUCCUCCUUUUUCUUUUUCCAAAAUCAUUUGAAGUCUAAAAAUGGAAAAAAAAGAACCCCCCCCCUACCCCCCCCCCCCCAGAGGUAGCUAUACAUUGUAAUUACGAAGCAGAGUGAGAGCGGGGGGGGGUUGUGUCGUCUUAAUGUGUAUGAAUACAAAUGUUAAACUCUUGAGAUGUUUUUUUUAAUCUACAGAAUCAGUGCUUGCUGUUCUCACGUUUCUUUUAUAUGUUUGAAAAACAGCCUCACGUUCAUGUGACGGAGGCCGACGCGUGGAAUUCUCUUUUUUUGUCAGUUUGUAUCUUUUAUAUGUCAUGCUAUCAUAUUUAUAUAGAUCAAUAGUGGAAAUGUCAUGUCAUUUUCUUUUUCCAUGGUUGUGGUCUGCUUGCUGAAAUGCCAUACACUUUUGUGCUGUUUCGAAAUAAAUGUGUAAAAGAGA